AGUGCAGCGAUUUUUUAUUUUUUAUUUGGCCUCUCCUAGGGUCAUUCAAACACACCCUAUAUUAGUUUGAAUCUACAGUCUAUUUGCUUUUCUCAUUCUGGUCAUUGUUCUUCUAAAUCCACCUUGAGAAAUAGUGUUUUUUUUUUUUUUUUUCUUUUCUUUUCUUUUCUUUUUCUUUUCAUCCUUAUUUUGCUUACUCUCACUUCUUCAUGCAUACAUCUUCUCUUUCAUUUAGUUUUAGUUGAUUUCCUUUCAUAUCAGCAGUAGAAUGAGUGACUAGUUUUAAUAUCCCUGCUUUAUUAUUAUUUUUUUCGGCAAUUGGAAAGGAAAAGUAGCACUUGUUGCUUUAUUACUUCUUUUUCAACCUUUUGAAUGCAGUGACAUUUUUUCCCCUUUUUUGCCUCUACAUUUAAUGCAUUCAAAUGUGAAACCUGUGAAUCUUGUGCUCUUGCAUUCAUUAUUUCUAAGAUGGAUCAUUUAUUUUCAUUUAAGCCCCAAUGAUGCUGGUUUUUGCUGUGGCUGGUUGCUCAUUUUAGUUCUUGAGGUUUUAUUUAUCUGUUUCCUUAUUCAGAUCUGAUGUCUUCUACCUAACUUGCAAUUCUUUCUGCAUGGUGUUUUAUUGGUGUCGUGCUGUACUUUUUUUUUUUUUGGAUAUCAUAUGUUUGAUUCAUUUAUUUGUCUGAUAAUUGCACUGCUAAAUGAAUCGUCCGUAAUUAGCAUUUACAAGGUCUUGAAAGCAAUAUAUUGUUGGGAGGCUUAUUGGAUCAAUUCUCAGGAAACUGUCCUUCCAGUGACCCCCCUUGCUGACUCUGAAACAGGGGUCCGGGAUUGGUAGGACAGGUGUUCCCUCAUAAACCAUGUUUCAUAUUUGAUUUUUACUAUAUCUCCAGGGGCAACUUCUGAUGAUUUUUCAAGUAAUAUGAUUGCUUCAUUAUUAUGAUUUUGGAAUUUUUUGCGAGUCCUUAUAAAUCCCGAUGAUCUUGUUAUACAUCCACUGCGGUAUCAUCCUUAUAAGACAAGCUGAAGCCUUUCUUCAAGCAAACCCAAUACCUGAGGCCAUAAGUUGUAACAUUUUACUUCCUAAGUUUUUUUUUUUUUUUUUUUUUUUGGUACCAUGUGUUAUGUUAUUCAAAUUUGGUACCAUUUGAAAUUUUAGAGGGGCUUGUCGACUUGCUCCCCAUCAAUGGUUCACUCCUUGCAGCACCUUUCAUAUGCAUGUUGCCUAAUUUUACAUGCUUCUUUGGCAAAUGCUCACCAUCCACUUCAUUUUGAUGUUUGGUCGAAUCUUUCCUUCUUUGUUUCUUUGGUGGAUCUUUAGGAGAGGAGACAUGUUCAUUUCUAGCAAUCACAAAAAGAUCAUACUUAAGACAAUUAAUAAAAAGUCAUUUCUCAUCUUUUGCCUGCAGAACUAAUGGCGAAGGAAAGACAUCAUUUUUAAGUUGAAUGAUGAAGGUUGAAAAAGAUCGAGAAAGGCCAUUGCAACUUGCAAGAGCUUCAAGAAAAAAGGGGUGUCAGAUCCCCCAGUGUCGGUCACUGCCAAACCAAUCGAUUCAUCUGUUCCAAGAAGCUCCCGAUCCCUUCCGAAGGCUCCAUCUUCUCAAACCACUUCUAGAGCAUCAGAUUCUGCAAUUCCUGUUACACCAUCGAAAGGAGAUGCGCCUAGAGCAUUUCCUCUUCAGUUUGGGACCAUAAGUCCAGGGUUCAUGAAUGGGAUGCAGCUAUUUAUUGAUCAUAUCUAUUUGUGCAUCAGACAGUCAUUUAUGAUUGCUUAUUGUUCUAUGAGGUUCUUGCCUUUUAAUUCAAUUAGUUGGAAAAAUGC